AAGACAUUUUCACAUUUGUCUCCAGAUUUCACAUCACUGCUGUGAGCGACUUUGUUAGUAGAGAACAAUAAGAAACAGAAUACAAACUGAUUUAAUGACCUGAUUUAGUUUUGGUUUGAUGUCAUUUAGUGAAAUAUGUAUUAAUAGAGUCAGUGAGUUGUGGAAUAAUGUGCUGUGAGUUUAAAUGUUAGAAGAGGAAGUCGACUUUCAGACAUUUUGUCCUUCAAGAGUGUUUCUGAGCCAAAGGCUGAUUUCAGUUGAUGUGCAGAUGAAUGAUUUGUGUUUCCUCUCCAGAUGAAAGUGUGUGUGAGAUGAGCAGCAUGAAUCAGUGUGAGGACAGAGAGGAGGGAGGCCCUCCCUCUAAAACCACUGGACCUGGACCUGGACCAGGACCUGGACCUGGACCUCAACCUGGAUCUGGACCUGAGCCCAGCUGUGUGUCCUUCAAGAGUGACCGGUCAAUCGGUCGUUUCAUUGAUUUUAAAGGACAACCAGCUCCUGCUGUAAAGAGGAGACCAGCCUCUACUGGACCUGGACCUGAGCCCAGCUGUGUGUCCUUCAGGAGUGACCGGUCAAUCGGUCGUUUCAUUGAUUUUAAAGGACAACCAGAUCCUGCUGUACAGAGAGUCGACCAGGAGAGCUCAGAGGUUCCCAGAGGUCCGUCUGUCCAGCAGCAUCAGACACACCUGGACUCCAUAUUUAUGCUGCUGGAGGAGAACAUUGUGACUUUUGUGAAGAACGAGCUGAAGAAGGUCCACAAGGUUCUGAGUUCAGAUUACCCAGAAUGCUUAGAGAGUCAGAGGGAGGAUGAGGAGGUGUUGGACGGUGAGGAUGAAGAGCAGAGGAGGAGCAGCAGAGAGGCAUUUCUGAAGAUCACACUUCACUUCCUGAGGAGAAUGAAGCAGGAGGAGCUGGCUGACCGUCUGCAGAGCAAACAUGUUGCUGCAGUUUGUCGGCGUAAACUCAAAUCUAACCUUCAGAAGAAGUUCCAGUGUGUGUUUGAGGGGAUCGCUAAAGCAGGAAACCCAACCCUUCUGAAUCAGAUCUACACAGAGCUCUACAUCACAGAGGGAGGGACUGCAGAGGUCAAUGAUGAACAUGAGGUCAGACAGAUUGAAACAGCAUCCAGGAAACCAGACAGACCAGAAACAACAAUCAGACAGGAAGACAUCUUUCAAGCCUCACCUGGAAGAGACGAACCAAUCAGAAGAGUGAUGACAAAGGGAGUGGCUGGCAUCGGGAAAACAGUCUUAACACAGAAGUUCACUCUGGACUGGGCUGAAGACAAAGCCAACCAGGACAUACAGUUCACAUUUCCAUUCACUUUCAGAGAGCUGAAUGUGCUGAAAGAGAAAAAGUUCAGCUUGGUGGAACUUGUUCAUCACUUCUUCACUGAAACCAAAGAAAUCUGCAGCUUUGAAGAGUUCCAGGUUGUUUUCAUCUUUGACGGUCUGGAUGAGUGUCGACUUCCUCUGGACUUCCACAACACUGAGAUCCUGACUGAUGUUAGAGAGUCCACCUCAGUGGAUGUGCUGCUGACAAACCUCAUCAGGGGGAAACUGCUUCCCUCUGCUCACCUCUGGAUAACCACACGACCUGCAGCAGCCAAUCAGAUCCCUCCUGGGUGUGUUGACAUGGUGACAGAGGUCAGAGGGUUCACUGACCCACAGAAGGAGAAGUACUUCAGGAAGAGAUUCAGAGACAAGAAACAAGCCAGCAGAAUCAUCUCCCACAUCAAGACAUCACGAAGCCUCCACAUCAUGUGCCACAUCCCAGUCUUCUGCUGGAUCACUGCUACAGUUCUGGAGGAUGUGCUGAAGACCAGAGAGGGAGGAGAGCUGCCCAAGACCCUGACUGAGAUGUACAUCCACUUCCUGGUGGUUCAGACCAAAGUGAAGAAGGUCAAGUAUGAUGGAGGAGCUGAGACAGAUCCACACUGGACUCCAGAGAGCAGGAAGAUGAUCGAGUCUCUGGGAAAACUGGCUUUUGAUCAGCUGCAGAAAGGAAACCUGAUCUUCUAUGAAUCAGACCUGACAGAGUGUGGCAUCGAUAUCAGAGCAGCCUCAGUGUACUCAGGAGUGUUCACACAGAUCUUUAAAGAGGAGAGAGGACUGUACCAGGACAAGGUGUUCUGCUUCAUCCAUCUGAGUGUUCAGGAGUUUCUGGCUGCUCUUCAUGUCCAUCUGACGUUCAUCGACUCUAGAGUCAAUCUACUGUCAGAUGAAGAGCAGUCAACAUCCCGGUGGUCUAAAGUGUUCGGAGGAAAAUCAACAUGUUUCUACCACAGUGCUGUGAAGAAGGCAUUACAGAGUCCAAAUGGACACCUGGACUUGUUCCUCCGCUUCCUCCUGGGUCUUUCACUGCAGACCAAUCAGUCUCUCCUCCGAGGUCUGCAGACACAGACAGGAAGUAGCUCACAGACCAAUCAGAAAACAGUCCAGUACAUCAAGGAGAAGAUCAGUGAGAAUCUGUCUCCAGAGAGAAGCAUCAAUCUGUUCCACUGUCUGAAUGAACUGAACGAUGGUUCUCUAGUGGAGGAGAUCCAACAGUACCUGAGAUCAGGACGUCUCUCCACAGAUAAACUGUCUCCUGCUCAGUGGUCAGCUCUGGUCUUCAUCUUACUGUCAUCAGAAGAAGAUCUGGACGUGUUUGACCUGAAGAAAUACUCUGCUUCAGAGGAGGCUCUUCUGAGGCUGCUGCCAGUGGUCAAAGCCUCCAACAAAGCUCUACUGAGUGACUGUAACCUCUCAGAGAGAAGCUGUGAAGCUCUGUCCUCAGCUCUCAGCUCCCAGUCCUCUAGUCUGAGAGAGCUGGACCUGAGUAACAACAACCUGCAGGAUUCAGGACUGAAACAUCUGUCUGUUGGACUGGAGAGUCCACAAUGUAGACUUGAAUCUCUCAGGCUGAGUGACUGUAACCUCUCAGAGAGAAGCUGUGAAGCUCUGUCCUCAGUUCUCAGCUCCCAGUCCUCUAGUCUGAGAGAGCUGGACCUGAGUAACAACAACCUGCAGGAUUCAGGAGUGAAGCUACUUUCUGCUGAACUGAAGAGUCCACACUGUGUCCUUGAAACUCUCAGGCUGUCAGGCUGUCUGAUCACAGAGGAAGGCUGUACUUCUCUGGUCUCAGCUCUGGACUCCAACCCCUCCCAUCUGAGAGAGCUGGACCUGAGCUACAAUCAUCCAGGAGACUCGGGAAUGAAGCAGCUGUCUGCUCGACUGGAGGAUCCAGGCUGGAGACUGGACACUCUCAGGGUGGAGCCUGCUGGAGUCCGAUGGUUGACACCAGGUCUGAGGAAGUAUUCCUGUGAGCUCACAGUCGACACAAACACAGUCAGCAGAAGAAUCAAACUGUCUGACAACAACAGGAAGAUGACACGUGUGGAGGAGGUUCAGUCAUAUCCUGAUCAUCCAGAGAGGUUUGAGACCUGGUGGCCUCAGUUGCUGUGUAGAACUGGUCUGACUGGUCGCUGUUACUGGGAGGUCGAGUGGAGAGGAAGUGUUUCUAUAUCAGUGAGUUCCAGAAGAAUCAGAAGGAGAGGAGACAGUUCAGAGUGUUUGUUUGGAUACAAUGAUCAGUCCUGGAGUCUGGAGUGCUCUGAUGAUGGUCGUUACUCUGUCUGGCACAAUAACAUACCAACAUUCCUCUCCUCCUCCUCCUCCUCCUCCUCUGGUAGAGUAGCAGUGUAUGUGAACUGUCCUGCUGGCACUCUGUCCUUCUACAGAGUCUCCUCUGACUCACUGAUCCACCUCCACACCUGCAACACCACAUUCACUGAACCUCUUUAUCCUGGAUUUGGGUUCUGGUCCAGUUCUGGUUCCUCAGUGUGUCUGUGUGGUGUUUAGUGUGCAGAGUCUCCUCCUGUCACAGAAACAUUGUCAGUGCUGAACAGUUGAGUCUGUACAGGAUCACAGUCACAUCAAUCUUUCAGCUUCUUGGAAUAAAUUCAUCAUCAACUUUGUACAAACUGAUUGAAAAGAUUCUUCAUUUACAUUUUAAACUUCUUCCAUUAAAUUGUGUAAAUUGCGUUGACUUGUACUUUCUGUCAUGUGUUGUUUUGAAUUCUGGCUCUUGUUCCAAUAAAAUCCACAACACAACAUUAGUGAAAUGUAAGAAACAGAAAACACUGACUCGUCUGCAGCCUUAAUUGUAAAGAAUCAUUGUGAACAAAGUUGUAAAUGGACAGUAAAAUCUGAUCAAAUGUACUCGA